AUGAAUCGUCGUCCUCCUCACACGAUGGAUAAGAUGACACAGACGGACGAGGUGACAGUGCUACAGGGCACCACGACACUACGGAGCACCUACAGUUUCGGUUUCUCCUACUUUAAAGAACUUCCACCCGAGCUGCGUGCCAUGGUUUGGCGUAUCUACUUCCUUGACAUUUUUUAUGAAAACCCUCCUCAUAUCCAUGUCCUUCUUGAUUGGGGUGGCCCGAAGGGAUCAAGUGAUAGAAUAUGGGCCAGAACAAUGGCUUAUCGGACGGAUAUACCAAUUUCUACUUUCCUGGCCAGCACCAAUGAACUGUGCUACCACCUCCCUCUAAACAUCAGUAGGGAGGCAUAUUGCAUAGCGAAGAAGAUAAAGCUACCGACCUCUUACCCCCCACGUUUGGAUUGGAGCGAGGAUCUCAUCUAUUGUGCGAGCUCCGAUGAGAGAGCUGCUAUAUGUUUCCUCAGGGAUAAUUACGACUACGUCCAGAACCUUGCGAUCACGAUGCAUCAAGGCCACCUGUCACUGCUAAAACUUCGUUUACGGGAGUUCAAAUCAAUCAAGCGCUUAUACUUCGUUGUUCAACCUAACCAUCCUGUAACCACGAACAAACCCCGGGACAAAUACGGAUUCAUUGAAUGGGAUACUUUAUACGGUAUAUCAAGGGGGUCCCCCGGCUCGGCAGCGAAUAACCCUCACUUCCAGCAGUGGCUCUCUGGCAGUAUGAUUUUACGCAAUGGACCUGUAACGGCCAAGGUCGUCAUUGAUGUUGAUUAUCAUAGAUAUGUUGGACCUGGAUAUGGCGAGCGGUAUAGAAGACUACCUAGGCCGGCUGUUGAGAUUAGGAGCUAUGGAGUCAGGAGGGCUGGUUGA